AUGACUGGUAGUACUUGUUCCUUGAAUAACAUUUUUGACAAAUCUGUCAACGGGCUACAGGUGAGAAAUUAAACCUGAUAAUUAUAACGCACGAAUAAUUUACCAUAAAAAAGCUUCAAACUAGUGAACAACAAGGUUUCGUUCGUCACCGAAUUUUUGUUAAAAUAAUAUAAGCAGUAAAAAUGAUAACUUUUCCAAUAUUUAAUCGAUAAGAAUCUCACCGAUAAGUAGAGACUUUGGAGCUGUGGCAUAUUUUCAGCUCGCGUUGUUUAGACCGAUAGGAUUUCAUGAAAAGGGUGGACCUAAGCCCAGAUCUAAGAGGAGUUCAUUAAAUCUUUCUGAAUUCAAGUCAUUAUUGACGUUUUUCAUUCUUGGGACCCAAUGGAAGCUUUUGUUUCUGUAAACAUAUUACGUUUUGAUAUUUUUGGUCCAAAAGAUAAUGAAAUUUUCGGUAGCGUCUCCCAGGGCAGGUUCUUUGAGGUACCGCCUCAGAAUUUCAGAAGUGUGCUAACGGAUAAUGCAUUCGUUCUUUUCGCGAGUUUUUUUUUAUGACUUGAAACUAGACGCUGAAAGAGGCCUUACUGAUUCCAAUUCUAAAAGCAUAGAUAUGAAGGACAGCAAUAAAUUUUGAUUUCUCUUUGUUUGAGUAAAUGCAAUUUUUUAAGCCGUGCCGACAAAACCACUCCGCUCCGAACAGGUGAAGGCUACUAAGCAAGUAACGUUCAAGCUAUUUCAUGGAUCUGUAAAAAAGCCGUGAGAAAAUCCAAACUAGAACAGAAUCCACGUAUUUUUUUCUCGAUUCUACACAUUAGCGGUUUACUGAGGGUUUAUUCAAAGCCCAAAAAACAAGGAAGUAAAUAAAUGAAAAAAGCGACCUGCCGGCGGACUUCUGUUCGUAAUGGCGGCGAUUGGUGCAAAAGUAAGGCCAUAUUCAUCUUCAAAAUUUGUCAGUAAUUAGGAUAAGAACUAGUUUUCCCUUUGAUAAAACCAAAAAAAAAAAUUUUUGAAUCGCAAGAGUUAAAAAAAAUUAAACUAGUAUUCGAAGGGCUGAAAAAAGAUUCUGAUAAAGUAGCAACCUACGAAAGUAUCUAUGGUCAGUUAGGAAGUGAAACAGGAUGCUAUAGAUGAGGCAAUAUUAAACACUACUUCUUUAAAUUUUUUGCCCCUAAAAUAUACAGCUUUGUAGAUAUAUACAAAGAAGCAUCACACUGUUUUGUUUUUUUCUUUCGCGGUCUUCUGUAAGAAAGGCUGCAAAUCCAUUAACACCACUAAUUCCACGGUUUUUUUCUAAACUUGCUUUUUUGCCGCCCGUUGGAUGAAUGUGUCGCAGCUCCAUUUCAUGAAGUGACGAAAUUUUGAUGACUAAACCACUGUGUUACUGAAAUGGCUAAGAGCUGAAUAAUUUUUAGAAAAGUGUCAGAACUGAAUUUAAACGGCGAACUAACCAUGCAUCGUUGUCGUCGAAUUUUUCUAUCAUCGUGCUCAGGUGUAUCAACCCACGGUCGCCAAAUUUUGCUGAAACGAACGAAGAGAAAAAGUAGUGGUUAGUGGAACACGUGUUGAGCUCAAGGGAAAACUUCAUUGUUAAGACGACAAAGCUUACAAGGUCGACAUGUAUGUUGUACAAGUAGAAAUUCAUUCAUUCGCUGUGCCAGUAAUUGUUUUUGUGUUGCGCGGGUAAUUCACCGUGUUCAAAGCAUGAGUUGAAUCGUGCACGUGAAAUGAUUAAAACGUAGAAAACACGGUUAUACAACAUUUUGCCCCAGUGAGCAUAGUUUCAGCUCUCGUGUCUUUUCAUCAUUAAAACUUUAACACAACAGUGAAUAUUGACACAGUGGUUCGUGAAAUUCCACCUUAGCACCGAACGCCGUUCUCUGCAACACGAAUACUGUUCAUGUUGGUCACUUUUAAGUUCCAAGGUGGCAUCAUACAGCGUUGGCAUUGUUUAUAACAAGGUACUUACUUCAUGGCUUUGGUUCCUGUAUGCAUCAAAGAUCCUAUUAGCCUUUUUCUUUUACUUCUUGGCUUCCUCUGUGUACCUGAAUUAAUGCUACUGGAGAAAAGAGCGAUGUCAUUUAUAUAUAUUAUAAUUUCAAGAAUUAAUGAGCUAACUUAGAGUCACGAAAUCGCGAAAUCGCAAUGUUACGUUGCCGUGUGUCGUAAACUUUACCUUAAUUGUCCCCGCAAUGCGGCAAAGAUUUCCCCCUCCUCUUAAAACCUCUCAAUACUGGUUUUCCAAGGAAAGCUGGACUUGUACACCAAUGAAGCAAUGGGCUCAGAAAGGUGUUAAUGGAGAAACUGCUGGCGAAUUUCAAGUCAGUCACUCUCGCAUGUUUCAUGAACAGUUUGUCCACGAUACGAAAGUCACGAACGGCUGAAUUUAUGAUUUAUAUAUAUGAACUACUCCUCCAAUCUUCUCCAAAGCUGGAUAUCACAGGAACGCGUGAAACCUUUACAAAAUGUUUGAGCAGCGCCAAAAUCAGUCUAGACGUGUUUCGGGUGUCCACCGGACCUCGUUUAUUUUCACACCUCAGCUGUUCAUUCGGCCAAUCGCUCGCGCUGCGCAGGAAGACUCUUUGUUUUGGGCCGUCAAAGGGCUUCUGUCUUGCGUGUGAAGUUUUCCUCACCUCAUUUUGAAAUCAUUCAACAUGGAAACCCAAAUUAGUUUUUUUCAGGCGCUAAAAUCAAUACAAGCAAGAGCCCUAGCGACAUGUGAUCAAUUGUCGCAAGGGCGAGAGAAUAAUUGAGCUUGUACAUGUUUCACUGAGACACAUGGAACAUGGCCGGAUAUCAACUCACUCAUUGGUCACGCAAAACAAUUUGAAGCUUUUUCCUUUGUUUCGCGAAACUUAAAAUGUAAAUUUUUCCAUACAGCCUUUUCCGAUUUUUUUCUUUCUUGCUUUUGUAAGGAAUAAUGUACAUUUUAAAACCUCUUAAGAUGGCAUUGACAAAAAGCUGUGAGCUGGCCCCAUUGUCCUUUAGCAAAUUCGUGAGCUUUUUCGGUUUCAGUAGGGUAGGGUAAGACAAAGGCAAGCAGCAAUAGCUUUGUCUAAAGGUUUCAAAUUGCUGGAUAAAAAACGUAGAAUUUACGAUUCAUGACACACGCUUUAAAAUUUUCGCUAAAAUUUUAAUUGUCUACCGCAAAACACGCAAGGAAGAAUGUAUUUUUGAUAUUUUCACACCAACCCAGUCCCGGUGGGGUAUUCUAGGCCACCAGAUAGCAAAGAUGUAGUCCGCCAUGGUUUUCGCGUCUUGGUAAAAGAAAUAUUUUUCCCAAUUCAACUAUGGUAAGAAGUGCUAUUUCUAUUGUUUUUGGAUUAGCGAUAGGUGUAAGAUUUGACAACAAUUUGCCUUUGGUUUACCCAAUUAUUUGGCGAAAUUAUCAGUGGUAGCGAGCUUUGCGUACUCUGCGUACUGGAGGCGUCUGCUCAACUCGGUGGUGAAGUUAGAUAUUAAAGUGCCUAAAAAUACUGCGUUAUUAAAGAAAUCUAGUGCUUUUACCGGCCGCUAAUGCUACAAGUUAAUGGACUAUUUGAACAAUAGAACAUUGCAGGUGAUUCUAGCGAGAUAAUUUUCUCUGAUAAUGGAUUUUGAGAUAUAAUUACAAAAUUUUCCUGGCGGUACCUUUGUCAACCAUGAUAAAUGAAAUCUCACUGCUUAUAAAGCCCCUGAAGAAGCUUGAGUAGUUUUCUCGCACAUAAAAGCUGAAAGCCCUAUAUCUUAAAAGAAGUGAAAAGGCACCGAAACUAAUGGAAAUUGUCCAUCUUAUAAUUAAAAUAUAUUUAUUUGUUCAGCUGAAAUGGUUUUUUUGUAUCCAAAUGGGUUAGGUUGGACUGUGAAGUGGCCUAGUGAGGCCAUUAGCUAUUUGUGAUUUAACUGCCUUGACAACAUAACUGCGUGGACAAAUUGAUGAAUUGUUCCAGUUGCCAACAAUGACACAACCUGACCCAAUUUCUACAAACAAAAUUAAAUAAAAAGGGGGAAAAUAUUAGAGCUUACUAUGGUCUCCUGUCAUAAAAAUGCAGUACAUUGUAUUCAACAUUUAAAAACUCAGUGUGUGAAAAAUGAACAUGAUGAAUACAGGGCUAGAAGUUAUCUCGAAUUUCAGCUUGACCUUUGGGCAAGCAGCUCUCAGCUUUUGCUUCCCUGGAGAGACUUCUUACUCGUCUUAGUUAAUGAUUUACCAGUAGUUAGAAGAUGACUCGCUUGGACCUGGCCUUGUCCAUGGGCCAAUCGGGCAAGUGAGCUUUAAGAAUUACUUGCUCAGUAAGAGAAUCUGUCUAUCUUGCAUUACCAGACUGGACUAUUUUCAGGCCCGGGAAUCCAGUGAAAAAAUGUAUGCUGAAAAUUAAAGGAAAGUUGUUAAACUGUGCUAGCAUUUGUUGACCAUGCAGAGGAUGUCAAUAAUAGAACUUUUUCUCUUGUUUUUAACAUCUAAAAUAGGUAACAUUAAAUCAACAAAAUCUAGGGUAAAAUCUGUAGGAUUUUACCCUGGAAAAAGAAUGUCCCUCAUAAAAACAUAAGCCCAUUAGAACUUACCAAUUACCAUACCAAAUUGACAAAACCUUUAAUCAUUUUGUUUUUUUUUAGCCNACAUUAAAUCAACAAAAUCUAGGGUAAAAUCUGUAGGAUUUUACCCUGGAAAAAGAAUGUCCCUCAUAAAAACAUAAGCCCAUUAGAACUUACCAAUUACCAUACCAAAUUGACAAAACCUUUAAUCAUUUUGUUUUUUUUUAGCCCCAACACAGCUCAACACAGUAUUCCUUAGAAAGGCUAGUUGAGAAUAGCAACAGAUUUUUACUCAAGCCAUUAGUUAACUUGUUUCAAGCUUUACAUGGCAUAAAUUAUUCACUUUGAAAUGCCAGCCCCAUAUAUUACCCACCAUUUUUCAUAAGUUUUUAUGAUUUUGGACUGAAAAAAGUAUUAUAUCAUUUGUUUUAUUCCACUUCAUAAGUACCAAAUUUUCUUGGUCAUUUAAAAUUUUAGAAAGUACUUAACAACUUAGCCUCAAAAGGAAAUUAAGAGAUCUUACUUGAGAUCCAAGAUUAUUUCAGAGCUGUUUCUGGAUAAUGCAUUAAUACUUUGUUUAAAGGGAUUUUUUUAGGAUAAAACCUGUCAUCUGUUUCUUUGUCUGAACAGAAAACACUGCUUUGCAUUUGGAGUUCAGGAAAUUACUUUUUCUAUCUCUUUUUUAUAAAGAAGUCUAAAAGUUCAUAUGAGCUUCAAUGAAGUUCUGAAUUUCCUUCCAACCUGCUUGUUGUUGAUCUUUUUUAUCGUAACCAGGAAAAUCUGUGAUUCAAUAUUAAACAAAAUAACAUUGAAACCAUUCUCUUGGCUAUGAAGUUGUCGUAGCAACUUAAUGUAUAUUGUGUAGAGCGUCAAAUGUUUCUGAUUUUAACAAAAAAAAUGCAAAGCUCACAGACGUAUUUUUUCUUUUUUUUUGCCUACUUUAUUUCUCAAAAACGAAACUCAAACUAGUGAAAAAAGUUCAGAACUGUGUUUACACUAAAUCAAAGUCACAUGCAAAAAUUCAGUAACUUUGAAGCACUUUCAAAAAUAACCACAAAAAUCAAGGUGUUAUUUUAGCACUGAGCCCAUCAUAUUAUAAACUUUUUGUCAUCUGUGACUGUUUAGUUGUUAGAUUACCACUUUUAGCCUAGAUGACCCAAUAUAUUUUUAAAUAUCAUAAAAGAAGUAAAUCGUUUGUGUUAUUUCUGAUUAUGCCUUGUUUCAAUAGAUUGUUGCCUGCGAGCAAGCUCUCCCAGGGGUAUGGAGUACCCCUGAGAGAGUUGUGAUAAUAAUUACUGUAUGUUUACUGUAUGGUUGAACACAUGAUUUUCUUACAUCUUAAUGAAUGAAUUUCAUGUAUUGGAACUGCGGAAUGGAGAAGUAAAGGGAAAGAAGGAUCUUUGCAUUUAUUUCUUCAUUCUGCAGUUUCAACCAUACAUAUAUGUUACAAACAAAUUCAAUGACCUGCUCCCAGGUGGUUUGCUAGCUCAAUAACAUUGGUUAGAGCACUGCACUGGUAUUGCAGAGGUCAGGGUUCGAAUCCUGGCAAGCCUAAAUUUUGUUAGGCCUUCUUUUCACAACUGCAUAAGUUGUGCUGUUAACUGCGAGGAUCUUCUUUGCAUUUAUUUCACAUCUGAAUUUUACAUAUAUUUUUAAAAUACACUUUCAACAUGAAAGUGUAAAGAGUUCUGCACUUUUUACUAUCACAACAGAAAAAAAGGAGUUAAACUUGAAGUAGGAGUCAAUUAUGUUUGAUGUUAUGCUCCUUCCCACUGUAAAAAGUACAAUGAUUCAUUAAUGCCUUGCAGCUAGAGACGUACCUCAUGCAGACUUGGUAAGUGAGACAACUUUUUUUUCUUGUCUCACAAUUUCCCUCUUGUCUCAUGCUCUGAUGAGCUGAUAACUGAUUGAUUUCUCACACUUUCUCUGAAAUUCACACUCAAAGAACCUUUGGCGACAUUUGUAGGGUUUGUUUCCAAGUUAGAUAGCAAACACUUGAAUUACCAACUUGGUGCAUUGUUUGUAUUCUUCAGCCUACUGUAACUUGCUGUGGCCAAUGUUAAAAGAAACAUAAAUCGCUCAUUUUAAGCUGAACCCCAUCAAUUGUUUGAAUAUGCAGUGAUGAAGGAGAUGUUUUCUACUUUAAAAAGAAAAAUUUCUUUGAUUACCCAUUAUCCCUACUGAAAAUACUUCUACUAGGAAGAUUGUGAUCUGUGAAAACAGCUGUUUCGCCUCACUUAUUGCCGCUGGGGACAUUUUGCAUUUCGUUUCCUCCUGGCAAAACAUCCCAGCAGCAACGAGCGAGGAGAAACAGCUGUUUUUGCAGGCUACGACUUCUCUUGCCUUUUGGGCUUGCAAGCAAAUGCAUGUGAACUUUGCUGUUCCAGAGCAGUCAUGCAGGCCUACCAUUACAUCCCCCCUUUUACUAAGAUUGACUUUAUAUUGGCAAGUGUUGCUUGCCAGUCAGACAACAACAGGUCUGAUGGGCUGCUCUGGGACCAUUGGACAUCAGCAGAUAUUUAACCCAUGGAAAGGGUGACUUCAAGAGGGCAGUUAACAGGCAAUUAUCUCGUAAUUAACAGACUCUAGAAGACUGGUGUUGUUGGCAUUUCUAUAACUAUUUCCAUUUAUUCCUAAUUAUAUGAUUGUUUAUUUUUUGUUUUUCGUUUGUCUCUGAUUAGGGAACUGGAGCAUCUCUUGCCGGUGAGGAGGAAGUGAGAGAACUGGAAGCUAAUUCAAACUGUAUGUGUACAGCGUAAGAAAACAUCAUAGGGCGAUUAUUAGAUAUAUGGAAAAAUAUGAUGUGUCUUAUUGAAGAGGUAUCAUAAAUAAGAUGCAAAUGUCUCUUGUAAAAGGCGAAAGAAAUGUCUUUGCAUCUCAAAGUAGGUCCACAAUACCUCUUAUGUGUAAAAGAACAGACAUUUUGCAGCCGAAAUAACCUGUAGUGCCUCUUAAUCUCUUCAAAAUAAUUUGACUAAUUAACUUUGAGUCAGUUUCAUCAUUUUUUAUUAUUAUUAUUAUUAUUAUUUAUUUUCUUCUGUUCUUCUCUCUUUCCUCAAUAUUAAAAGGCACAGGUUAUGAGGAUGUUAUGAAUGAGGGGACUGGGGUCAAUUUAAUAAAACUUUUACAUGUGUAAUUUACAAGUGGAGCCAUCGUUUUAGAGUCUGAGAACAAUAGCUACACUUGUAAAUUACACAUGUAAAAGUUUUUAUUAAUUUGACCCCUGGUGCUGGGGUUGGGUUGAUAUUGGAAGGGGCAUUCUUAAAUAGAGACAGCCUCAAAAUUUAGAUCUACAGAGCUUGACAUCUCUGUUAGGGCGUAAGGGGCACAUAUGGUUACAGUAAAACAAGUAGCAAAACCGUGCAACUUGUUUUGCAACAUUCCUGCAAAACGAGCUGAAUAGCAAUGUUGCACUUUUUACGACCCACGGGACAAACCUGUCUUGUAAUAUAUCAGGUAGUUGCAGGCUGCAAAGUUGUUGCAGAAAGCGGAGAGUUGUUCUACUUUUAGAAAAAGAACCAGAAUAAUGGUGUGUCUUACUGGCACAUGGCAAACUUGUUAUGCAACAAGUGACGUAACUCCUGUGUAUGGCAUGAUAUCCGCAUAAUUUUAUCCAGUCAGGAGACAGUAUUCAGGGGCACCCAACGUCAAUUUUUGGAAAAUAUCUGUUCGGAAGACGAUUCGAGAUCUAGAAUUUUCGGAACAUUUGUUGUAAAAUUUCUUGCUUGCCUGCCUAAUCUCUCCUAAGAUUUUCGAACAUCUAAAAAAUGGUAUAAUUGCCUGUUUUCAACGGAUUUUUACCCUAAAAAGGUCACCUAGAAUUUUCGGGAGCCUUUUGUCUGGCUGAAAUUUUCGAAAAGGUAGGUUUUGAUCCCUAUAAUUUUCGGAUCACUAGACUUUCAGCUAGGAAAUCCGAACAGAUGAAAACUUUUUAGGGGAUAAAAAGAUGCCCAUAUCUACCGUUUAAAUGCUAAAAUACGUCUAACAAUGCUUUGUUUAAGUCGUUUUGAACUAUAGUCUCGUUGGGUGCCCCUGAGUAUUCAUGCAACUUGCAACAACCUGAUUUUUUCCCAGACAGGUUUGAACGUGGGUGGUAAAAUGUGCAACAUUGCCAAUCAACUCGUUUUGCAGCAAUGCUGCAAAACAAGUUUAAGGUAUUUCAUUGCCCAAUUUACCUUAGCUUAAGUAUAGUCAUAACAGAGUCCGGCUGAAUAUUUAUUGCAGUCAGUACAAAAGAGAUACCCAAGCUGAUGAAGAGAUUUGCUCGCUAUGAUCCAGAUGGCAGAAAUGGUGGUAUAACAUUGAAACAGUUUUUGGACAUACCAGAAAUAUCAAGCAAUCCAAUAAUGCCUAAAGUGGCCUCUGCUCACCUUGAUUCAAGAUCACGCAAGAUAACAUACAGGUCAUUUAUCAACAUGCUGUCUAGACUGAGUCCACGCAACUCACUUGAUGACAGGAAGCAAUGUGAGUUAUUAUUGUAGUUAAUGUGUCAUUUAAUCAGUCAUUCAGUGUUGUGUCUUUCCAACAUGCAUUUUUAAUCUCUUCACUGCAAUUUUUUCCAACCUUCCCGUAUAAGAGACAAACAAAAUUUAUUGUCACAUUAUUCACCUUUCAAUGCAUAUGUCCCCUUGUUUUGCUCUGCGCAUCACCUACUGCACGUAAAAUUGCGACAUCAAAGUUGGCGGUGAUUUUCACCGGUUGCCUUAAAGGAUAAUUAACAAAAGCCCCUGUUAUAGUCCAAAUAGUUUUAAUAGCGAUUAUGAUAACUUUUCCCUGCUAAAAUAGUGUAGGUCUUAAAACUUGCCCCAGUCGUUCUGUGAGAUUCUGUGCCGACUUUAGCAUAAGUAGAUGCUGAUGAUUUCUUUAUCUCAUGAUGUGAUGAUUGUUUAUGGUUUGUUAACUGCAGUUGCAUUUCAAGUUCUGGACACUGAUGGCAAUGGACAGUUAACAUACCGUGCGUUAUUCAGUUUGUUUAGAAUGGUGACAGGACCUGUACUGACAGAUGACCAAGUGCUGGAACUGAUAGCAGGAAUUCUCAGCAGGACCAACCUGCAGCAAGAUUCCAAAGUGUCAUUUGAGGAAUUCACUAAUGUAAGGGAUUUGAUACACUGCGAGCAGUCUCUCUUUUUCUUCCGGUUUAGUAAGGGGAGUGCACGCGCGCGAGAGCGGCGAAGCCGCGAGAGGCGCGAAACGAGGGCGGCAGCCCGAGAAGAAAGAGAGACUGCCCGCUUAGCCAGAGCCAAUGAAAUACGCGUUUGCCUCAUAACCAUCUCCCAUCUUGCGCCAUCAGUCACGCGCGUGGCCAUUUGCGUGUCUCGCGUUUUGCUCGACGGACUACAGAAAAAAGAGAGACUGCUCGUAGUCUAGGGAUUUGAUCAUUUUCAUGCUAAGCCAACUUGAAUAGAAAGAGGAAACCUGAAUCGAACAGCGACAACCUGCACGUAGCUUAAGAAAACAGCCGAGAUAUCGCGACGCCACUACUAGUUUCGCCGUGACUAUAACGUCUGAGGAACGAGCGCAGAAAUUCCAUAUUGAUGACGUGUCACAGGAUGGGGCUUCUGACUGAUUGAAACAAACUUCCCAAGCAGCCCGACCAAUCAGAAGCACUGCCCAGGUCUGGGUAUUUAUCCGUCAUCAGUGUGGUAUUUCUGUGCUCGUUCAUCGGACGUUAGGGGCACCCAACGAGAACAUAGUUCAAAACCAAUCAAACAUAGCAUUGUUGAACGUAUUUUAGUAUUUAAACGGUAGAUAUAGGCAUAUUUUAAUCCCCUUUAAAAUUUUUCAUCCGUUCGGAUUUCCUAUCUGAAAGUCUAGUGAUCCGAAAAUUAUAGGGAUCAAGACUUACCUUUUCGAAAAUUUCAGCCACGAAAAAAGGCUCCCGAAACUUCUAGGUGACCUUUUUAGGGUAAAAAUCCGUUUAAAAAUGGGCAAUUAUGCCAUUUUUUAGAUGUUCGUAAAUCCAAGGAGAGGCAGGCAAGCAAGAAAUUUAACAACAAAUGUUCCGAAAAUUCUAGAUCUCAAAUCGUCUUCCUAACAGAUAUUUUCCGAAAAUUGACGUUGAGUGCCCCAGGUCAUAUUCGUGGGGAACUUCCCCAGUGGCGUUACCAGAUGUCAACUGUUUUCUCUGGCUAUUAGCCUGCACCAGAAACUCAUAAGGGGGGGUUGAAACGUGUAACUCCCAUAUGUUUGCUUUGUCCUAUGCUCGUGAUUAUUCAUUUUCGAAAGUACCAUAUUUGGAACGAGAAGAAGAGAUAACAGACCAAUCAAAUUUCGUAAACAACGUGACGUAAUCUUCCUUCAGGUUCCCGCGCCCGCUUAAAAAAAUGGCCAACAAACGGGGGAAAAACUCCCGAAAGCCGAGAAAGCUUUCAAAGUUUGAAACCAGGAAUAUUACCGAAACACUGAGCAGGAUAUUAUUGCCUUACCACACCCGGGCCAAACGUAACAUUAUGAAACCCAUUGACGGCCUCGCAACUUCUUAGUCCAAUCGUGUUUUGAGCUAAUUUUAUGAAAGAACAAACUCAAAACAAUAGACAGAGAAGCCGUUUCUUGAAAAUUUUUAUUCAAAGUCCAAAAAGUUAAUCCUCUAAAGCAAUUCGGAAAACACUAUCUGGAUCGUGGAUCCGUUCACGCAAGUGAAAUCGGCUAAGCACAUGGCAAAAUUCAACACAAAAUCCAUCUCAAAUCAGGGCACAUUUUGUAAUUUUUCUUUAGCGCCGAAGAGAAAAAUUUGUAAAACGUCUAUGAAACAUUUAAAAAUACAUAAAUUCCCUUUCAAAAACGUAAUUGUCUUAGCCAUAGAGUACAAAAUGUACCUGAAAAUUCAGCAAAAACUUCGCUGACUUGGUUGCAUUUCAAAACAGGCCAUGGGCUCCGCCGUGAAGAAAACAAGGUUGAAUUCCUCGAAGGACGAUUUCUUGAUGAAAAGCUUCCCUUUCUCCACAAAAAGAAAGCUGAGCAGUCUUUUGAACUUUCUCUUUCCAUUUUUUGUCUUUUAACGGUGUAUUUUUAACCUUGAAAUGUAGAACUCUUGUGUUUAAAGACCUGCAUGGUAAUCGCGCGGCAGUCUUUUUGUUGAAAAUGGAUAUCCGUCACUAAGGUUUCCAAAUAUGGUCAAAAUGAAUAUUCACGAGCAUUGACCGCGAGUUACACGUUUCAACCCCUUAUGGGUUUCUGUCUGCACCCAGUCUCUUUAUGUUCGCAAGCAUAUUCUCCAUACAGUUGGAAAGAAUUUGUUUAGCAAACAAGACCCUGAUACUUGCUGAUCGUGUCCUUAAUUUUCAUGGAUACAUGUGUUCAAUUAAGCAAUGUUUUUUCAAAGAGAAAAUAUUUAGAGGCCAGCAGAUUGGAGAGUUUUCUUCUCUUGAAUGAGCUUCAUUUCUCAAGUUUAAAAGGCUUCAUAUCUCUUACGGCAGAAGCUAAUGAUAUGUUGAACGCACGUUUAAUAGUUGAUUUGCUUGUAUUUGAUACAUAGAGCUUUCUAAUGAGUUCAUAUACUAAUCGAUCAAGUCUUAACUUUUAUUGUAUCCUUCAGAUUGUUUCAGAUGAUGAAAUAGAACAAAUUUUCACAGUGGAGUUGCAGCUUCCAUAG